AUGGUGUACAACCUAGACAAGAAAACCGACGCCAAGGUCCCGCAACAGCUCGAUGGCUACCAGGCUAUUGACGAAGACGGUGCUGCUCUGAUCGGUGUCAUUUCUGCGCUAGAGUCACGUCCCCCUGUCAAAGAAAGCUGCUUUCCUACGCAAGUGUCAGGAGGGCCUGCGAUGCCGUUGAACCGCAACAAUAUGGCCCAAUGGUGGAUCGAUGGUUGGGAGAAACUCAUCAUCAUCACGACGUCCCAGUACGUCCAUCACCACGCUACUGAGUCUAUGCUGAAAUGGGCUGAAAAAGAUUGCUGGAAGGAGUUGUCGCAGAUGUUGGGUCGCUAUGCAAUGCACGGCUGUGAGGUUGCCUUUUGGUAUGUACCUCCUGAAAAGCAUUGGCUGGCUCAGCUGGAGGAGUACAUAAAACUCAUAAAGGAGAAAAAUAAGGCGGCGGAACAGUUAGAAGAGGAGAAGGCAAAGAAGACAGGGGAAGAGAAGAAAGUAUUGGAGGAGGAAAGGAAAGUAUUGGGGGAGGAAUAG